GAAAAUCCUAUCGAGGGUGUAUCAGCGGCGUACCUAGUGACUAAGCAACGCAAAAGAAGUGAUGAUUGUGGAAAAGGAAAACAAAAACAACACCACUAACAACUAGUGGGAAAUCGAUCGAUGGAACGUAAAUUGAAUCCAAGGAAGAAAAUUUGAUCGAUAGAGCUUGUAGGUCGUUUGCUCAUAAACUUAGUUUCGGAAUUCGCAAUUAUUAAAUCAUCAGCUUUAAGCUCGGAAGAGUAGAAAUCCGCAGUAGGUGUCGUGUUGAUUGAAUAAAAAGAUGCGAUCCAGUAUUUAUGAUCAGUGAUAACGCGUAAUGCGUCGUGGUGAAAUGCUUGGCAAGCCGAAAAAUGAGAGCGUGAAGAUACACGUGGCGGAUUAAUUGAACCGCGAACCAUCACAAACCACCCACACGAAUCGGAUGUCAUGUGACUAACACUGUACCGUGCUCAUCAAAACAGCAUUAUUCAUUUAACCUUCGUCUCACCUCUUUGCCAUAACGUCAUAGUGAAACUGUGGGCUCCCAAUUCGAAUUUCCACGAAACCCCCUAACAACAACUAAACUGUGUGCGUGCUCGUGCGCACGGCCGUGCUCCGGCCCUGACAAAAUUGGUUUCUCACUGUUGUUCCGACCCCCGUGCGCCAUCCUGAAUGGAUAAGCACAGCAGGUCCAAACCGACGCUAGAGGACUACAUCAUCGACAUGGAGACGCGGCCGCCCGACAGCGGUCAGAUCUCCGACAAGGACGUCUGGGCCCAGCUGCACCAGAAGGAGGCCGACCUGCUGCUGGCGGCCGAACUGGGCAAGGCGCUCCUCGAGAAGAAUGAGGAACUGAAGAAGCAGCAGGAAAAGCUGAUCGACGACUACUCGGUGAAGCUGGAGAAAUUGGAACAAGAGAAAUACAUUCUGAAACGACAGCUGGAGAGCACCUCGAGCGAAAACGAUGCCGUCAUCCUGGAACUGCAAACCGACAUCAAGCUGUUCAGGCAGAAGCUCGAACUGCAGGAACAGCUCAUGCGCCAAAUGGAACGUGAGAAAAAUCUACUCAUCGAAGAGCUCACCGCCCAGAACACUCGCCUGUCCAACGAGCUGAAGAAAGCCAACGUCACCGAACUGCAGCUAUCGACCCAGCUGCAGGAAAUCAAAGAACAAUGCAACCGGCGAACGCUCAGCAUACAGGACCACGUGAGCAGUCUCGAAAGUCUGAAGCACGAACUGCGGAUGAUACUGGAGAAGAAAAACGACCUGGAGAACCGGUUGCACAUGACGGCGAGCGAGAAGGAAAACCUCUCGGUAGCGCUGAACGAAGCCUCCGAGCGGAUACACAUCCUGGAGCGGAGCACCAAGGAGCAGGACACCAAGUACCAAAUGACGGUGCAGACGCUGGACCGGCUAGAGCGCGAAAAUGGAACGCUGAGCGAGCGGCUUGAGUCGUUCGAUAGCCAGCGGUCGCAUACCAGCGAUCAGAACCACUCGUCGCUGCUGCAGGAGAUGAACGGCGAGGAUGAUUCGAUGAUGGUGGACGGCACCGGUGGCAGCAACGACGAAGCGACGAUCCUGCUGUACAAGGAGGCACAGUCGGUGUACAAACAGCUGAAGACGCUCUGUCAAACGCUGCGGAGUACGCACCACGACGAUGAUUCGGGUCUUCACUCGGACAUGUCCUUCUCAUCCUUGGACAAUACAUCAUCGUCUUCGCCCCAAUCGGUUGAUGCAGGUUUGGGUCCAUCGGCGGGCCCUUCGCCACACACGAGUGGUCCCGUGGGAAUCAACGGUCGGGAGCCAGAGAAGUUUCACCGAGGAAUGCUGUCGUCUGCGGCAGAUGAACUGGUUCAUAUCAUCAUGAACAUGGACGCCAUGCAGUUCAAGACCAUGUUCGAGCAGACUCGCUCGAUGCUAAUCGAUCAGGAGGAAGAUAUGAAAAAGAAGUCCGAUCGGAUCAUGCAGCUGGAGAGCAAGCUGUCUGUGCAGGACAUUGAACUGCAGAGUGCAAUCGAGGAGCGCAACCAAGCUCGAAACGAUGCGUCGGACUCGACCAUGGCACAGGAUGAAACGGUGGUUCAAGCUCGUAAAGAUCGGGACGCUGCAAUCGAACGGAGAACCAAGGCCGAGGUUGAACUGGCGAAGAACCGGGUAGAGCUUAUGCAGGCCAACAGCCAACUGCUGGAGGCCAUCCAGCAGAAGGUGGAACUGCUGCAGCAGCUCGAACAGUGGCAGAUCGACAUGCACGAGCUGAUCGAAGAGCAGAUGAAGAAUAAGCUUAACAAUGAAACAAGUACAAAACCGCAAACGCCUCAGCGUUCAUCGUCACAGCAGACCGGCGCUUCCGGGUCUGCCGGUUCGUCGGCCAGCAACCGCAAGAGCCGCCUACUAGAUCUGUUCUAUCAUCGAUGAGGAGAAGCCCGAACUGUACGAACUAAGCGAAAAACAAUUGAUCAGUCCUCAAAUAAGAGAAGCUACUCGGUGGCAGGCCAUACGGCUAAGCUGAGGAAGCGGCUCACAUUGCAUUUAUAUUCAAAAUCUAACCUAUUGUAACUGUCUUGGGUCGCUUCCACUGUUUUGAAUAUCAAACGUUUUAACAGCUCUCCGUUUCCGAGGUACCGUCGGUAGCUUCAGGGCCUGAAUGGGGACCAUGUGAUAGUGAACUGAUCAACGUUUCUACUGACUAUUGAUUUUUUUAUAAGUGGUCUACCAAAAAUCAAAUCUGGGACCUUGAGACAACAGUAUUUUUGUAUGGAGAACUAUAGUGAAAAUCGUUUUUUAACAGUCAGAACUUUUCAAAAUAACCGAAAGCAAAUUAAAGAACAUAUCUUUUAUAUUCUGCAUCGCAGUUUACUUACAUAAUAAUAACAAUUGGCAACGCACAGACCUUUAUUAAACCUUAACGAAGCGAAAACGAUUUAAUAAUUUAAAGAACGUGUAAUUUAUGUAGCUAAAGUUAACAUUUUACAGCCCGGUGUAACCAAAAAUUUGUAACGUGAGAAUUGGAUUAUUGAAGCGUACUUACUGUAAUGAUAAUUUAAAUAACGAAUAACAUCAAAACUAACAUAAACCAUUGUGUGUACCAUCUGUGUAUGAGUGUAUUGUUCCUUUUUUUCUCGCUCUAAUCGGCAUAAACGAUGCGAUGUUCUCUCUUGUUCUGACUGCAGGACGAUCCUGCCAGGAAGUGAUCUACAGGGACAGCGUUAGAACGAGAGGGUUGUGAUACUUAUUUGCAAACUCAAACACCCUGAAACGGAUGGGCACCUUUGUACUAUUAUAUAAUAGCGCUCUAUUAAUUAAUCUGAUACCGCACUAGAGAAGAUUACUCGAAAAGAUGAGCUGAGUGAUAAAACGAAUGCCUUUUAUCGAAACAACAGA